AUGCUGGAACAAACUUAUUCUGACAUUAGUACUGGUAAUAAAAUUGAGGUACAUGAAUUCUUGGAGGCUUUGGGAUUAUUAGAUAAUGAAGUUGUACCUGUCAACAUGGAUGAUGAUGACAAUAGUGAAUCUGACAUUGACAAAGAAGAUAGUAAUGAUGAAGAUAGUGAUAACGAUCAAGACAAUUAUUGGGACUGGGAUCCUAGGAAAACAUAUACUGGAUGGGAUUAUCAAAGAUGUUUUGCAAAAAAUGGAUUAUUUGUUGCAUUUUCUAGAUCUAAUUCAUUUGGAGUAUUGGAACACAAUGCAUUAUUAGAUGCUCUAGCUCAUUCUGUGAAAGGUUUAAAUCUUUUCAAAUAUGAUGAACUCGAGUUUGGUUUAAUAAACAAUGUGAAAUUGUAA